UGUCACAAGUACGUGUGGCGAAGACUGCAGCUGAGAGAAUAGCUUUAAAACCGAGCAACAUCCCAUCCCUUCAACUGUGGAACACUUGGGUUAAGAGUAAGACUACCAAAUCUUUCACAGAAACGAGUAACAAGUACAGAGCGAUGAGAAGAAAUCAGAUUCCUCACACCACCAGCCGCAAAGGAAUGCUUCGUUUAGCUGAUGAUAUGGUAAAAGAGUAGUCAAACAUCUACAUAUUGUAGAUCAGCUUGUUAGAUUAAAAUGGUAGUGAGAUAUGUUUGUUUUCAUAUAGAAAAAAAAGAGUAAAGACCCAAGUAAGGUGAGUAGAUCCAAGGUUUGGAUUGCGGGACACACUCAUGCUGAUGGCAGACCUGUGAAGCCCCAGUUUGCUGAGACUAUUGUAAGCAUUAUGGAAGUUGUAUAUUGUGUAUAGUUAAUAGACUAUGGCAAUGAAUGAUUUUGUGUUUAAAUGAUUGUAUCAGGAACAAAUACAGUCACUUGACAGUCGGAUGGACUCCACAUCAGCUGCUGAUAACAUAAGGGAAGAUGCUGUGAGCAAGGUUUUGGGAAAAGACAAACCUGGACGAGUAAGGGGCUUUGGUAGAGGGAUUACAGCUAAUAAGCUAGCAUAUCUGCAAUUUAGAGACGCUAAGAUUGCAGAAAUGAAAAGUGAGAUUGAAGAGUUAAAGGGGAUGGUGCGAGAAUUAGCUGAGAAGAAGAAAAGUAAUGUUGAUGCUGAAACAUCUGAGAGUAGUGGUGGAUUCAAAGAAGGAGUCAGAGUACAAAUACUGGAUUGGAUUGAAUCAGAGGAUGUUGUUGUUGGUGAAGGAGAAUUCUGCUCUGCUGAACCGAAGUACAAAAUUGGUCGUAUACCAAUUGGUCCUAAUGCAGUGGCUAUCGUAGUUAAGUAUGCACUAAGCGCAUCAGCUUCACUCUGGAGGCCUACUACGGAUGUGUUAACUCUUGAUGAAGCUGUGGGAUACAAGAUAUCUUGGCCAAUGGAUAAAGUGAUUUUGGAUAAGGAUCCAAACUGUUCUGAAGAUUUAUCUAUGCAAAGCAAGGAAGGUGAAUAUCGAAGAUGCAAGAUAUAUGAUUGGACCAAUGAUGAGGACGAGGUCAUUGCUGAAGGUCUCGUGUGCUCUUCAAAAUCCAAAGACAUGGUUAACAACAUACCUCUGGGUCCCAAUGCUGUUAGUGUCGAAGUAGUGAAGGUGUUCAAUGAUCAAGCAUAUUUGUGGAGGCCAACCGCUGAUAUGUUCUUGAUUGGUGAUGCACUUAGCGAGAAAAUAGCAUGGCCAGUCCUAAAGGUUGAAGUCAUGCCUACACCUGCUACAGAAGUAACACCAACUAAAUGUGCAGGGAAGAAAAUAGCAUCACCUUCGAAGCCAGCCAAGAAAAAAGCAGUGAGUCCAGGCAGCACUAGUUCGACCAGAAGUCCGAAGCAGAAGUGCACUCUCUUGGAUUGCAACAACUCUGGACGUAAGGUAGCUGAAGGAAGGGUAGCUUCAACGGAUCCGAAUGAGUUGUGCCACUUUGUACCCCUAGGUCCAAAUGCAAGCAAGGUGUGGAUUGAUGUGGCUAAGAUCGGUGAUGCAAAAGUCUGGAGGCCAAAUUCAGAGAUUGAAUACAUAUCUGAUGCAAUGGGUUCGGUUGUGGCAUGGCCAAAUGACAAAAUCAAGUUUGUCUAAAAUUGUCGUCUGAAACAUUUUUCAAGUUGGUUCUCAUCGGCUAUGUAUUUCUAGUGUGUGAUCGAAUGUUUAGGUACUUUUUUACUCGGUUGAAAUCAUGUAUGAUAUUAUGUAACAGUUAGCAGACAAAAAAACAAAAAUUAUGUGUUAUAUUAUGAUAUAAGGUUAUGUGUGAAAAUGUUUAGCUUGUUAACCCCUAUACCCUUAAGUGCAUAAUUUUACAUUAAACCAUAAGCUUUAAAAAUUAAAUCCACAGACGGGAAGACCAAAAAUUAAAAUC